AUGGCAACUGGCGGUGGUCUCUUUGGAAACAAACCCGCGCCUCUAUUUGGCGCUAAUACCAAUACCAAUUCAGCGCCUAGUCUGGGGGGAAGCACAUUGUUUGGGUCGAGUAAUACAGGAGGAAGUGGGUUAGGGGGGAAUACUGGUGGAUCGAGUCUGUUUGGAAAUCUCAACAAUCAGCAGCAGAACCAGAACCAGGGCCAGGGGGGUGGUUUGGGGCUGGGUCAGACUUCACAACCGCAAAAUCAACAGCAGACUGCCGGUUCUGGGCUUGGUGGAUUCGGUGGUUUUGGGCAGAGUACGCAGCAGAACCAAAAUCAAAACACGAACAAUAGUGGAUUUGGAGGAUUCGGACAGAGUACACAAGGCCAACAGCAACCAAAUACCGCUGCGCAGUCGCAAGGCCCAUUGCAGCAGUCCACGCAGAAUGGACAGAACCAUGCGUACUUCGAUUCGCUGUUAGAGAGGAGUAGAAAAAGGGCAUAUGGCGAAUCUGGGAUUACUGAGGAUCUUCCUGCGCUUCAAUUGGGUCUGGGAGAUCUUCGACAGCGGAUAAAACGUCUGGGGACUGGCGCGGCAGAUGGCAAUGUGGAUGGUAGAGCGCAUUACCUUCUUGCGGCUUCUGGGGUGGAUCCAGGCGCUGCUGUCAGAGAUCUGAAUGUUUUCAGUGCUGGGACGGGACGGGCCGAACGAUCAGUGACACAACAACAGGUGGAUACAGAUGUGGAAGGAUACCUAGCGAAUAUCCAGACGCAGACUACGCUUAGUAUGAUUGCAGAUGGACUGGCACGGUCUGUACGCGACUUCGAUGCAUUCUUAGAAGACAAUGUCACGAUGGAAUGGGAGGCACAACGGAAAAAGAUAUAUCAGCAUUUUGGUAUCAAGCCAAGGGAAGAUAUCCCAGCAGCUGGCCGUGCAAGCUUCAGAGAGUCUUCUGCUCCCGACUCUGGUGGAUUUGGACGAUCAAGAAAGAGCAAGGCUGCAGCUCUUGCCGGCUCUAGAGGCGUUGGACCGAUGGGUACAAGUGCGUUUGGGAGAUCUAGCAUGGCGAAAUCAGCGAUUGGAGCAGCAAGUUCUGGAGGAAAGCCAAGUCAACAAGCAUUUGCAGAUGUGGAAAAGCAGAGUGAGAAGAACGGAAUCACAGCUACAAAACCUGGCGAGCAAUUCCAGAGAGACAAGCAAGGAAAAUAUGCGGAGAAGGUGCAGGAAUUAAACAUUUCACGACUAAGGAAACGCUUCUAUCCAAUAUGCAAGGAACUGAGUACAGUCGUUGCGCAGACUGGGGAACAGCAUAGUCCGGAUUUACUCAAAGCUUACAGGGCUUUGGCUGAUAUCGUGGCUGAAAAUCCCGAUGUAGAUUCGUUAUCUGAUCCAUUAGCUGUGAAAGAACGUUCGUUUGCAAAGGCCUACUUGGACGAAAACUCUGUUUCUUCAGCAAGUAUGGAAGUCAACAAAAAGAUCCUUCGGGGAGGGACCAAGUGUCUGGAGAGACUGGCCUUUGACGAAGUGGAGUCACUAAUCAGUAAAAACCCGAGGGAAGCGAACUUGGGAGGUAUUCCGAAUGUCAUCAGCAAGAUGAAGGCCUAUGUGCGACUACUGGCCUCGAAAAAAAGACUCUCCGGCGAUAAUGUUGACCUUCAAAUCCUUGGGGAAGACUAUGUUUGGGCGCUGGUUUACUACCUCUUACGCACCGGUCACAUUCAGGAGAUAAUGGACUAUGUGAACGCUAAUGCGGUAGCAUUCAGAGCCAUUGACCGCAACUUCAGCUCGUAUAUCACGGAAUACUGCAACAGCCCUGAUAGGCGGUUGCGCCGGGAUCUACAGGACCGAAUCAAUAACGAAUACAAUCAGCGACUUCGAAUCGCACCCGAAAACUCCAUCGACCCAUAUCGAAUGGCUUGUUACAAGAUCAUUGGACGUUGCGACUUGAAAUCUCGUAAUCUUGAGGGUGUUAAUCACUCGGUUGAAGAUUUCGUCUGGCUUCAGUUGGUGCUCGCACGUGAAAGCAGUCGGAUCGACGAGAUUGCUAGUGAAGCAUACGGACUAGCAGAUCUACAGAAGACCAUGAAGGAAAUUGGCAACCGAUUCUUCGAAAAAGGAGGUGCCGAAAUUGGAUGUUCCUUUGGAUCCUUCGUCUUCUUCCAAGUUGCAUGUGGGAUGUUUGAACAAGCCGUGGCAUAUCUAUACCCAUUUUCGUACACUGAUGCCGUUCAUCUUGCAAUUGCAAUGGACUUCUACGGCUUGCUGAGAGUUUCAGACCCAAAUCUUGCCGGAGAAGAUCUCUUGAGCUGGACAACUAGAGAAAAUCCUCAGAUCAACUUUGGACGGGUGAUUGGUUACUACACCCGUGACUUUAGAGCUGCCAACGCUGCAGCUGCGGUUGACUACCUCGUCCUCAUUUGUCUUAAUAAGGACAUUCCUGGGCAAGGUGGUAUAAGUCAAAUCACCUUGUGCCAUGAUGCACUACGAGAGCUGGUACUGGAGAGUAAGGAAUUUGCCCUGCUCUUAGGUGAUCUUCGUUUCAAUGGUGAACGUCAAAGAGGCGUCAUUGAGGAACGUAUCAACUUGAUUGGCCUUGAAGAGACUACCGACUUCAUGAGAACCAUUACCAUCCAAGCUGCCAGUACUGCAGAUGACAACGGGCGGGUCACCGAUGCAGUACUACUGUACUUUUUAGCUGGUGAAGUUGACACAACCAUGAGGCUGCUCAACCGCGUUUGCGGAGAGUUUCUUUCCGUACCCAUUGGACAAGAACAAUUACGCCUUGAACCUACCAAAUCAAACGCACAAGCGGAUCAACACACAGUUGAAGCCGGCAGUAUCAGUUUGACGGCGAUUGAUGAUCCAAUGGUUCUUGCUCAGGGUAUGCUGAACAUCUAUCAAUCUCGAUGUGCACACAAAUUAGUCGACAAGACUGUCAACACAUUCAACGCUUUGAAAUGCGUUCAACGUGUCAGAAACCACGUCGAAAACCGACGUUGGAUUGAUGCGCUCGACUCCCUCGGAAGUCUCGACAUCCUCCCCAUCAAAACCGGCGGCAACGCAACUAAAAUCCGUAAUCAAGCCGGCAAAUUCUCCUCCCUCCCAUCCUGUAUCGCCGCAUGCGUACCUAACCUCAUCAUGUGGGCACUGCAGAGCGCAAACGAAGCGCGCGCUCAUUACAUGGCUAGCCAGUUCAGCGGCAACGAGGGAGCGCGGAAACAGCUUAUGGAUGAGAUGAGACAGACGAGUCUGGAUUUGACGACGUAUACGAGUCAGUUGAGAUACAGAUUCCCGGCGCAUCUUCAUGAUGCGUUGGCGAGGGCGCAGACGGAGUUAUAA